AUGGAAGCGAAUGGUUUCGUGUCCAGGCGGGUGGACACGCCAAGCGUCGAUGCCGGGGUUACUGCUGGAGCUGCAGGGGCAGACAUUCGAUGGCUCGGCGGGAGGAUUUUGGAUGCUACGGAGGGGUUUGUUGGUGGUCUGUCACCGCCACGGAUAACAGCGGAACCGGACUUUACUGCGGUGUUGCAACUUCGAGCAGUCCCAGAGCCCACUUUGGCUGCUACGGAGACCGAAAUAGACUACGAGGGGCUCCCCCAGGGUGUAGCCACCAGUACACACAUGUUAGCCGGCGCCGUGGCUGGCAUCAUGGAACACUGCCUAAUGUAUCCCAUCGACUGUGUUAAGACGCGGAUGCAGAGCCUGCAGCCCGAGCCGGGGGCGCGUUACCGUAACGUGAUGGACGCGCUACGUCAGAUCGUGCGUACCGAGGGUGUGUGGCGACCUGUGAGGGGACUGAAUGUCAUGGCGAUAGGGGCGGGGCCAGCCCAUGCUCUGUACUUUGCCUGUUAUGAGAAAAUCAAGUUCUCACUCAGCAACGUGGUCCACCCGGGAGCGAACAGCCACUUUGCUAAUGGAAUGGCAGGCUGCAUGGCCACUGUACUCCAUGAUGCAAUCAUGAACCCAGCAGAAGUGGUGAAGCAGCGUAUGCAGAUGUACAACUCCCCAUACCGCGGUGUGUCUGACUGCGUGGGCUCCAUCUGGAGGCGCGAGGGCCCCGGGGCCUUCUACCGCUCCUACACAACGCAGCUGACCAUGAACGUCCCCUUCCAGGCUCUCCACUUCAUGACCUACGAGUACCUCCAGGAGCUGCUCAACCCCCACAGACAGUACAACCCCUCCUCUCACGUCAUCUCCGGGGCGCUUGCUGGGGCCAUUGCCGCCGCCGCCACCACCCCGCUGGAUGUCUGUAAGACCCUCCUCAACACCCAGGAGGCCCUAGCAGUCCAUGCCGAGGUCCCGGGAGCGCUGGGGGUUGGAGCGAGUGUAGGGACGGCGUCGGCCACUGGGGGGCGCCACAUCUCGGGGUUAGGGGAGGCGUUCCGGACUGUGUACAGGAUGGGGGGAGGGACGGCGUUCUUUAAGGGUGUCCAGGCCAGGAUCAUCUAUCAGAUGCCCUCCACUGCCAUCAGCUGGUCAGUCUACGAGUUCUUCAAAUACGUCAUCACCAAGCGCCAGUACGAGAGAAGGCUGCACCACCGAGACGGAGAGAAGUAGAGAGGGAGGGACGACCUUCACUCAAAAUGUCCCCCAAGGAACCCACCCCCAUAGAGAUGUACUAGAGAGCUCAGCUCCUAUCUUUGGGCCAAGUUCCCCCUCUAUCUAACUCUAUAACCACCCCACAGUAACCCCACCUCUGACUAUUUGACCUCUGACCUUCUAAACUAACCAGGAAAUAAAAGCCCCUCCCCUAGUGUUUUUGACUAGAAGAGAUACAGCUUUUGUCAAAAUUCAACUUACCCAGCAAGUUUAGAACUUACGCAGCAGGUUAGGAGAAUUGCCGUAGCAGGUUAGGAGAAUUGCUGUAGCAGUUUAGAAGAAUUAAGGUAAGGAAAAGUGUAAGGGUUAUUAGCAAAAGUGAAGUUUUGUUUUUUGUUGCCAAAAGCUGUGUCCCAUCUACACCUGACCUCCUCUUAUCCCCUCACAUAGGAGAACAAGUCCCCAUCUUUCACAUAGUUUAUUAUAGGCAUACUGUACAUGGCACUUUAAAUCAAAUAUACACUCACUGGCCAGUUUAUUAGGUACACCCAUCUAGUACCGGGUCAGACUCCCUUUGCAUCCAGAACAGCCUGAAUUCUUUGGGGCGUGGAUUCUACAAAGUGUCGGAAACGUUAUUUUCUCAAUUGGUAUCAAGGGACCUAAGGUGUGCCAGGAAACAUUCCCCACACCAGUACACCACCGCCACCAGCCUGUACCGUUGACACCAGGCAGGAUGAGUCCAUGGACUCAUGCUGCAUAUGCCAAAUUCUGACUCUGCCAUCAGCUUGACGCAACAGGAACCGGGAUUUGUCAGACCAGGCGAUGUUGUUCCAUUCCUCAAUUGUCCAGUGUUGGUGGAGGCGUGCCCACUGGAGCUGCUUCCUGUUGUUUUUACCUGAUAGGAGUGGAACCCGGUGUGGCGUCUGCUGCAAUAGCCCCAUCUCUGACAAGGACCGACAAGUUGUGUGUUCUGAGAUGAUGUUCUGCACACCACUGUUGUACUGCUCCGUUAUCUGUCUGUUUGUGGCCCACCUGUUACCUUGCACCACUCUAGCCGUUCUCCUUUGACCUCUCAUCAACGAGAUGGUUUCCCCCGGGACUGCCACUGACUGGACGUUUUUUGUUUGUUGUGCCAUUCUCGGUAAACCCUAGACUGUCGUGUGUGAAAAGCCCAGGAGGGCAGACUGAUGAGAUACUGGAUCUGGAGUACCUGGCACCAACAAUCAUACCACGCUCAACGUCGCUUAGGUCACUCAUUUUGCCCAUUCUAACUUUCAAUGGAACAGUAACUGAAUGCCUGUCUGCCUGCUUUAUAUAGCAAGUCACAGCCACGUUACUCACUGGCUGUAGGAGCCAUCCAUUUUGGCGAAUGAGCUGAUGUACCUAAAACUGUCCACUUACUGUCUAUAUUAUUAUAAUUAUAUUUCUGCAAAUCCCUACUAUAACCACUAGGGGGCUUUGAGUCUCGUCCUCCAUUGGCUUUAUGGACAGAUCUAAAAGAGUCCCAAUAUCUACUUUCUCCUGCAAAUGUGCACUCGUUCACUACUUCCCACAAAUCUAAUAGCAUUGGGUUGGUGGAGGCAUGGGCCAGUCAGUUUCCACCAUAUUUCUUAUACCGGUCAUUUCCUUUUAAAUCAGUGAAGGGAAGUGAACAAGGGCACACUUUGGGAGGAAGGUGAGGUCAUGGGGACGUAGACCAAGUGAAGACAUCUGUAUUGGGUGAUGACUGGAGUCAGUGGGUUCAGCAUUAAGGAUAUAUCUAUAGUCACUACUACCACUGGACUAUAUUUAGAUUAACGUCUAGCAUUCUGAAAUGGGAAGGAAAUUCACCAGAUUGUUUCACGCAACGCUAUUUAAAACAAUAACGGCCUUUUCCAUCUUUGAGAUAGUGACUUGGCUUGUGUUAACUUAUUUCUCCGCCUGUAUGUAUACAUUGAGGAAUAUGAGUAUUUUGACUUGAAAUGUUCAACUUAACACAUUGGAGUUGAUCAAGGCGGUGGUGUUGACUGUGUGUGGAUGUGACUGACUGAAUGAGGAAGAGAGAAAUAGGAGUACAAAGCGCUAGAACAUUGAGUGCAAAGCGCUAGAACAUUGAGUGCAAAGUGCUAGAACAUUGAGUGCAAAGUGCUAGAACAUUGAGUGCAAAGCGCUAGAACAUUGAGUGCAAAGCGCUAGAACAUUGAGUGCAAAGCGCUAGAACAUUGAGUGCAAAGCGCUAGAACAUUGAGUGCAAAGCGCUAGAACAUUGAGUGCAAAGCGCUAGAACAUUGAGUGCAAAGCGCUAGAACAUUGAGUGCAAAGCGCUAGAACAUUGAGUGCAAAGCGCUAGAACAUUGAGUGCAAAGCGCUAGAACAUUGAGUGCAAAGCGCUAGAACAUUGAGUGCAAAGCGCUAGAACAGUAUAUAGAGAAUAAUGUGCCGUUUGGGACAGAACCUCUGGGGAUGGUAGGAGGGUGUACUACACCUCCAGUCUACCAGACUGUUGAGAGUUAUGGGCUUUGUUUCAGAUGGCACCCUAUUCCCUUUAUAGUGCACUACUUACAGGGAGAAGAAGACCUUUCCCUUGAGAGUGCGUGUAGUGUCCCAAAUGGCAUCUUGGCCCCUAUAUAGUGUACUACUUUUGAUCACGGCUCAUAUGGAUCUGGUCAAAAGUAGUGCACUAUAUAGGGAAUAGGGUGCCAUUUGAGACGGAAUCUUCUGACCACGCACCGCUUUCUAGCACUUAUAGUCAUUUACAGUUAUGUGUGGUGACUAAUCAUUUAAAUAGUAAAUUACAUACAUGUAGUUACUUAUCCAAUAGUAACUAAUCAUUUAAAUAGUAACUUACAUACAUGUUGUUACUUAUCCUAUGGUAACUUUAGCAACAUUUACUACGUACACACGGCCUUCGAAUCAGCCGCCAUGAGUCAAACGCACAAAUACGAAGUCCUACUGGACCCUAACCUUCAUUUCUGAAGCCAUAUUAUUACAGGAAAGAACAUGUGUGAAUAGGAAUACUCUAUCCUAGAUGAACUCAUUCUACCUGUAAAGGAGUAGAGUUUCAGACAAGUGUUCUGGAACCGACCUGAUAAGUGAAGAUUUAAUAUAUAGGUUCCUUCAUAUUAUGGUUGGAAAAUUCUGGGAACUUUUCAAAAUUCUCAGUUUAUCCAGAAAUGUUCCUGUAAUCAUUAGGAAAAAAGCAGGGCAUCCUGAAUCCCCAAUGACCUGUUGAAAACUUGGAAUUUGGGGGAAGUUAGGGGAAUUUUGGAUCCUUGUAGUAGAUUACUUGGCAGGAUAUCCCCCUCAUAUAGACUAACCAACUGCCACCCAGAUCGGCACCCUAUAGAACCUAUAGGUAGAAACAACAACAUACUGAAUACACAAGUAGCGAACAACGUUUUGCAUAUGUUAACAGUUAACUUAAAGGGGAAGUUCACUAUUUUACAACUUUGUCAGAUGGUUCCUCAUCCUGAAAGUAGUCUAUGGGCCAGAAGAAACGUAUCAAUGCUUCAGGGUUUUUUAAACAACCACUACAAAAUUCAGUCAACUUUAGCCACCGCUAGCUCCUAAAAUACUGAACUUCCCCUUUAAAGGAGUUGGUGAGAGAAAAGAUAACUGAAUGUAGAAUGUGUGUUUCCUGCCGUAUGCCAUGUUUGGGAGUGGAAACCAAAGACUGAAAGAACGGGGGAUGGGUGAAUUUCAUGUGAUGAAAAGAGGAUUGAUCUGUAGUGAAAGAGAAACUUCUUCCUGUAUUAUUUUGUGAAUUGUAAAUAAAUAGUCGCUAACGGGCAGCGCCUCGCAGAAGCAGGGUCUUCUCUUGGGACUGCUGGCCCCAUGUGCUGGAGAGAAAUGAUCCAUGACAA